AUGAAGUCCGUUCACUUCUCAUCGCAGUUGCGCCUCGCGAGUCUCACACGGUCCGUUCAGCGCCAGGAUAGCCGGGAUAACAGCGCUCUUUGUGUCAGGUAUGUGUGCUAAAUUUACACUCUAAUGUUUAAAAAGGGCAAAAACUGUCGUAGUUUUGUGAGUUUUGAAGGGCUGGUUUGUUGUUUUUGAUGAACUCUCUAACUUUUAUCACCAACUGUCAGAAUCAAAGGGAAAAAAAUGGUUAUGAGCAGGUGCUUUUUCUUGAAUUACUUAAGUAGCCUAUUUAUUAAUUCACACUCAAACUUAGAUUCAUUUUGUAAGCUUUAAAUAGGCCCACUCUGAUUGUCAUCUCUUUUAAAUACAACUCAUACAUUUAAUUCGUACUCUAAAGGUGUGUAAAAUAAACCAGCUGAAUGAACAAACCUACAUUUUAUCACAGAGUCGUCUGGAUAUCAUGAAUUUAAAACAGUGUCAGCAGUUUAUUCGCAGUUUUUUUUUCCAAAUUGGGUAACUUUGGAGUGGUUACUGUAAAAUAAAAGGAAGUUGGUAGCUGUCUAUGAGAAGUUAAUAAAGUGCAUAUCAUAACUUCCACUCUUCUUACUGGUCAGACACCACAGAGGAAGUUAUGUGGGACAUCCUUCCAGCACAGACCAGUGAUAUACAGACAAAAUUUAUUGAAAGGUUGUUCAAUCAAAUGGGUUGAGUAUUGGGUCGGGGUCAUGUGAGAUAUUGUGAGAGUCUAUCCAACAUUUUUCUGAUUUAAUCAAGACUAAAUGUUUAAUUUGCUCCCACAGUUGCUUGUUCCUUCAUGAAAUGUGACUGUGAUUUCCCUCACCAUGUCUUUCUAUCUGAAGUGUUUCUGCCUUAAUGAAGGUGUUUAUUAAUUCAUGAUAGAGGAGAUCUGUAGUCACACCACCACCUCUCUGUAAAUGACCAAUGUCCUCCUGUCUGUUUGUGUCACUCUACAUUUCAGCUGUGAUUGCAUGAAGGCGUUUUCGUGGAAUUCUAAGGCUGGAAUUGAGGAAAAAGCGCGAUUAAGGUGUCCAAGGCCGGACUUCAUCAUCACAUCCUGUUUCUUUACGAGGUCAGUUCCUGUCUUUAGCCUCGGGGUUUGGCAGGAAAGAAGGGGGCGUGGAGCUGUUUCUAAGUGUGUGUGUGUUGAGGGGGGGUUACAAAGUGACAUUCCUAUCGUCAUUCAGCUUUCCCACCAAGAGGUGACAGAUAUUGUUAGUUUGAUAUACCUGAUUUCACCUGGAGAUUGAAUGUUUUAACCAAACCUGUCAAUCCAAGCCCAGUUUUGUAAGUUUUUAGCACCUCACUUAACAAGAGGAUCACUCUUCUUUAUCCUAUCCCCCACAGGAACUAAACCCCAAAUACUUAAAAUGAAGAUUUCCCUGUCAAACUUCACAAAAGUCAUGUAAAUGUCCAUGUUAGCCUCCCAAUGUCAGUCCUCUGUAUCUGGAGGAUGUGGUGACUUCAUGUGGAAACAGGACGUCCCGAUGACCGAGACACCUUACUUUUCCACCCACCCCCCCUUUCCCUUCAUUUGCUGUUUCGCUCCUUUUGGACUGUGCGUAUGUUUGUACUCUCAAUGUGUGUGUGUGUGUGUGUGUUGUAUGUGAGGAUUCGGUGACAGCCUGCUUCCCAUUGUCCUAUCAUUCCUGCUGCACUCAUACUCUGCAUCCUGUGGGGUUUCCUGCAGAUGAGGGAGAGAAAUAGAAGAAAGGUAAGAAACUGAUGGAGGAACAAGAAAAAAGAGGUAGAGAAGGAUUGGAGAAAGUCUGGAAAUUUGUAUCAAAGUACAGAAAGUCUACAGAUGAGAACAAGUGUGCUAGAGUGUGUGAGAGAGUGUGUGUUUCUUUGUGAUUUUUUCCCUCUGAGACCAGCUUAUCUGCAGUCCACUGUGCAGGAAAGGGUGUGUCCUCUGGAUUUGGAUGUUUGUGAGCUUGACGAUGGCGGGUGAGGGUAUUGUGAUUUUAUAACAGAGCACUGAAUGCUUCAAAUGCUUUGUAGCUCAGGACUUAUUCACAACCAUUAACUGUUGAAAUUCACUACAACUGACUUUUCUACAGCUGUGAAAAGUGAGAAUAUACUCCUACAUUUCAACAUUUGACAGACUAAGCAAUAACGAGUGUAUGAAAUAUAUAAUGUAUGAUUAUAGAUUGAAGCCUGACCUUGACCAUCUACAACAUCAAAGUAUUGCUCUCCUGUUAAUGCAUUAGUGAUCAUCAGAAAAUGUAACACUGAAAAAGGGUGUUUUUGCUUCUGUGGGACCAUAACUUCUGCUUCUUUUAGCACAUUUUAUUAACAGUUACAGCGUACUUUACUUCUACAUGCACUCUGGAGUUUUAACUCGGAUGUGAAACAGACUGUAAUUAAUACUGUUGGCUCUAUGUGACCUACUUCAGCUAAAUAGGAAAUAGGAAAUCAAGUGACUAUUUCCAUAUAUUUAUUUUUAUGCCUAAAGCAGGGUCAGUGACAGAAUAAUAGUUUCAAGCUCUCUGCUGGAACAGUUUUGUUUGCAUUACUGUAUUUUUUUGAUAAAGAGAUGUGGUAAGAUAUUUCAUCAGAAUACACCGCUUCCUCAUGCACAGGUUAAAAUUACUGGAAUUGAUAAGCUUCUACUUUUAAGAGUAGUUUUGUUAUCAUCACCCUUCAUUUGUACUUAACAAUUUAUGCAGAAAGUAUUUUUAUUUCACCACAUCUUACACAGCAUUAGUUACCAGCUUUCUUUCCACUGCAGACCAGCCAGCUGAUUGGAUGAUGUCUAUACUGCAAAUAAUUAUUAUUCUCAAAUCGCCAGUCAAUAUAUCAUUAUAUAUCAUUGCACCUAUUAUAAGCUACAUUUACCUGGUAUAAAAAUAAAUCUUGUUUCAAGAUAUUUCAAGCAAAAAUUGUCUUUGCUCCUUAAAAUGAGAAUUAAUUUUUGUUUCAAGAAAUUUAAGAAAUUUUUGCUUACUGUCAACAUACAUAUGGUGCCAGUUCACAGCAAAUGUUAUCUCAAGAUGCAUUACAGAAGAGCAGGUCUAGAUCAUCCUCUUUAUUGUAUUUACAAAAACGCGACAUGAAGAUGGGAUCAGAUUGAGCCCCAUCUUGUUAGAUCAGACCCACUCCCAUCCCGUCUUCAACCACAUGAGUGAAACACUUUAGUAACACAGUAUUUAGCAAGUUACAGUGGAGAGGAAGAACUCCCUUUAACAGGCAGAAACCUCGACCAGAGCCAGACUCGUGCUAGACAGUCAUCUGCCGAGACUGAGCUGGGUUCAGAGAGGAGGGAGAGGGAGAUAGAGAAAGAGAGACAAACAACAACAACGAUUGCUUAUACAGAUGUACUGUACACACCUUCUCAUUCAACGCAUUUUCUUUAUUCUCAUUACUAUUUAAAUUGUAGAUUCUCAGUGAAGGCAUCAAAACUAGGAAUGAACACAUGUGGAAUCAUCUGCUUAAGAAAAAAGUGUGAAAUAACUAAAAACAUGUUGUAUAUUUUAGAUUCCUCAAAGUAGCCUCCCUUUGCUUUUUUGAUAGCGCUGCAAACUUUUGCUCUUCUCUCAAUGAGCUUCAUGAGGUAGUCACCUGAAAUGGUUUUUACUUCACAGGUGUGCCUCGUCAGGGUUAGAAGUACUUCUGUCAUCAAGAGCAAAGGGAGGCUAUUUUAAAGAAACUAGAAUAUAAAACAUGUUUUCAGUUAUUUCACACUUUUUUAUAAGUACAAAAUUCCACGUGUUCAUUCAUAGUUCUGAUGCCUUCAGUGAUAAUCUACAGUGUAAAUAGUCAUAUAAAAAAAUAAAGAAAAGACAUUAAAUGAGAAGGUGUGUCCAAACUUUUGGCCUGUACUGUAUGUGUACAAUUUACAGCAUGUUGAUAAUAAAAGAUGGAUUUUAGUAUAAGGCAACUAAAGUCAACAGGUCUGUCGUCAUAUCAUAGGGAGGAGUAGGAAGGAUCAAAAAGUUCUACAUUAACUUUGUAACUGUGACAAAAACUGAGACACUGAUACUAGUAGUUGGGUCUCCUGAAGACUCUUAGCACAGUCAGCCAUGCUCACUAACUUCACCUUGGAUAGAUGCAGAAUCCAACUAAUUUCACACAUUAAUGCGGUUGGUUUUCAUACAACAAGUAGUUUGGAGAAAAUGCAUAUUUUGGGAGGCAUAUCCAACACCCCCAUGAGUUAAAAGUGCUUAUCCAGAACUUUGAAGUGUGUUUUAAAUGGAGUCAUUUUCAGUUUUACUUCUGUUAAGUUAAACUAUGAUUUAGGAAACUUUACUUUUACUUGAGUUAGCAGAUUGGUUGGUUGGUUACAGUAAGAUGAUGAGUAAGACAGCUGAAUAAUAGUUUCCAAUAAAUCAUCACUGGUGAUAUAUUGAUCGCUGUGUCUUUGGCCUGAUAAUAAUAGUAAACUCAUUUAUCAGUCUGUCUUUAAGAGGUCCACCUCCAUCACAGGCAUCACAGUUACAGACAGCCAGUUAAUUAAAAGUUUCCAGAUAUUAUUGUCAGUCAGUUCACUUCUCCACUUUACAAUGUGGAGAGGGCUGACUUGGGAAAUCUCCUGUUUGCAUGUCUUCAUGAGCGGGUUGAAGGAAAAAUGUAAAUGUUUUUGUGAUGGCUCAAUCAUCCCUUAAAAUCUGUCAAAACACCAACACUGCUGCCUGCUGUCUAUUGAAGAAGAAGUUUUCGUCUGAGCUUUGAAGGACUGUUUCUACAGACAGACUCAUCUCAAACCACACUUCUCCUCACCAGAGGAAGCUGCUUGUGUUUCACAGUUGUCUAAUUACAGUGUUUCUUCUGUGUCUGCGAGCUGCUAUAAAAAUCUGCUGUGAGAGCCCCAUCUGUAAACUGAAAUUUAAUUCCGAUACAACAAACAGAAGAAGUACUCGCAUGAAUGUAAUUGAAAAGUAGCUGUUUUGUGGUAAACUUUGGCAAGAGGAGAGCUGCAAUGGCAGUUGCAUCAUGGAGAAAUAAUGACAGUGUCAUUUGCUGUUACAACACGGGCAAGUCUUGCAACCAGAGGCAGAGUAGUGAACUUAAGCCCCUUACUCACACGUAAAGUCCUUACAACAUCCAGAACAUUUCAGGAGAAUAGGUCCUGUUUUUUCCCGGAAAUGCCCUCACAACUCCAAAAAGUCGGUUAGGUCUUUGUCAGGGGAGGCACAUGAUUGGAGGAUGCAGGAGGAGCUGAAUCCAUAAUCGUUGGUUAAUAUCACUAAAGAAUUCAUAAAGACUGCAUUAGACUAAAUAGUACGGCUGUUUUAGGCAAACAUGUAGAUGUUACAGCGUUCUCACUUUUGCAGAGUUUUACAUGUAGAAAUUUCCAGACGAUUACCUGCUGCAUUCACACAUGACAGGAAAAUAUUGGCAUAAAUUCAGGGGAAUUGAUUCAGACAUUUGGAAUGAGGAAGUGCAACGCAUGCAAGAAAGAGGUGAAAAGCCACAAUUUGGUAAGCAGAUUAAUUGUACUUAUUCAUGCUAAUGAUGAUAGCUUUUUGUACUCUAAAAUAAAUUGAGAUAAAAAGUAGAUUUUGCCACAAGAAAAAUUCAAAAAAUGAUUAUUUCCAGGGUCUGCUUCAUAUGAUAUCUGAGUUUCAUUCUUGGUUUCAAAGAAAAUAAGGAACUUAAAGUGUACUGAAAUAACUCUGUUGUGGUCCAAGCAUAUGUUUUUUGAUGCGCAGACACCUCAGAGGCAGUAGUGUGCACUCACACACUCAUUACUCUUCUUAAAAUGUCUUUCACUGAUCGGAAGAGAAACUUACAUCUUAUUUAAAACAGUGACUAUGAAGAGCUAGUUUGCAUAGGGUCAUGCCUGGUGGUAUGUUUUUGCGCGAUUAGCAUGCUUGACUGGUGAAGCCUUGCCCUAUCUGUCAAUGCAAUUUUCUGUUUUCAUCACAGGGUUUCCUUUCAGCUCACAGCCUUUCAGAUAAACUGCAUUAUCAGGUGGCAUUUAUGAAUUAUCACAGCAUGUCUGCAGAGAGGAAGAGAGCGAGAAAUUUCGUCAACAAGAGCCCAAACUGAGAACAAUGACUGUCCGGCAAACCUCUCCACACACACACACUCACACACACGCAUGCAUGCACGCACGCACACACACACACACACACACACACGCACACACACUCCUAGUGAAACUGUGUACGGUCAUCUGCCAGUCUUCAAAAAGCAGAUGAGAGACAGGUCAAGAGGAGAUAAAGAUGAAAGGGUGGAGGCUUCUUCUUCUUCUUCUGCUUCUGCUGCUUCUGCUUUUUAAGUUUUAUCAGAGAAAGUAGGUCAGAUGGGGGGAAUAUUAAAGGUUAUUGUUGGAGGGUGUGGGCACAGAAAGGAAUAACAGUAACAGGGAGGAAGAUGUGUGUGCGUAUAUGUGUGUGAUUGGGGUGUUUGUGGCUCUGCAGCUGCUUUUUGUGUUUGAGUGUGUGCGUGUGUGGAUGGACUGUGUCCUGAGUUUCCAGGAAAAGGGGGGAGUCAUCAGAGGGGUGGACAGGAAACUCAAACAGGGCUAACUUCCUUUAGUUCUCCUGAUGGCCGACCUGAUAAUGCCUGUGUUUGCGUUUGUGUGAAAGUCACAGUUUUGAAUAUUUUGACCCCUCUGUGUAGUCUGUAACAGCUUUUGUUGUUUUCAACACGAGGAGGAAUUUCUGUGGGUUUGUGAUGGCGCAGGUCACCGGGAGCUCUUGUGUGUUUAGUCAUAAUGAAAGUGUUUUACCUUUUGCUGAGUUUUUGUUGUCGCUCCCUGCCGUAACCUGUAUUGUUCUUCCUGUGUAUGACUUCCCUCACAUUCCUCAGGAGGUGGAGAGGCUGCAGCUGGAGUUUAGGCAACUUGAAAGGUUGACAGAUGAUCCCAGAGCUACUGUGACUGAAGUGUAUGGAUAUUUUGAAUGCUGAAAGUGUUGGUGUAACUGUCGCCUGUAGACCUUUUCAGGGCUGACAUCACUGUGACACGGUCAUAUCAGCUAAAGGCAGAAAGAAGUAAAACUGGAGACAAACAUGCAUCACUGCCACAGGGUAGAGGGUGACAUAGGAGUCCUAAAAUGGCAUGUUUUUGUGUUGUGGUGCCAGGAAAGAAGAAGCAAUACCAAUGUCUCAAAACUAAAAUCCUACUGUAUACCAGCCACCACUGCCUGUCAACAAAAACAAAGACUUUGGUUAAAGGUGAUGAUACUCAUCUUCAUAUGUCAUGUGUUCACUGUUUCAUAACAGGAUGACAUUUUUAUUCAGGGUUUUUAUGACCUAAACUAAAAUUGGGAAGGUUUCAAGAGGAAUAUUGGAUUUUCUGUAACAUUAAGUGUUUUAGCUCAUGGGCUAGCUCUUAAAACGAACUGAUCAUUUGUCAUCUUCCUCUGUGCGACUGCCAUGGUAAUCACAAAUAUAAAAGCAUCCGAAGACUUAUAAACCCUCAGUUUUCCUUUACUAUACACUCUUUGUUUUUCUAACAUGACCACAUUAUGUUACAAAAAAAACUACAUUUGUGAAGAUACCGCAACACUGUAGAUUAUAUGACUUAUUAUAAGAAACACUUCACUGUCUGUUAUCUUACAUAUCUAGAAAGAUUCAUGUUAUCUUUUGCUGAUUUUUGAAAAAGCCCCAAACAAACUGCUGGCUAAUGCGUGUAAAUGUUUGUUUUUGGACUCCAGCUAAGCCCCGCCCACUUAAAAACAUCAUACUGCUUAUUAACACUGAAAGGGUAUCCCGGUAUCGUUCGAUUCAUUCCAGUUUUCUUUGGGCAACUGUUUCAUACCAAAGUGCUGUCAAGUGAUUAAACAGAGCUUCAACCAAUCAGAUUGAAGCUGAAUGUGACAUAGAAAUGUAAAAAAACAGCAGCAUACAGAGACAUAGGGAACACACCUUUCUGCCCAAUGAAUGUGCAGUUGUUUAGUCUUCUGUUAAUGACCAUGGGAUUUGUUUAAAUGGCUCCAAUAGUGGACCGAACCUUCCAUCAGUGGAAGCUGCAAUCAUGAUUUUUUACAAAUAUGCUGAAUGCUCCUGUCAUUGUCCUCUAAAGCCCGCCCCAUCUUUGAAUAGAGAACCAUGAUUGGGUCGAUAUAUCUGACACUGAGGGGAAAUCAUUUGGACUGACAGUAAAAAUGAAAAUGAGUCAGCUCAUGGGUCUGGCUAAAAUUAGGCCAUUAAUGUAGUCCUCCAGGAGCAGUUUUUCAGAAACGGUCAAAUAAACAUGAGAAAUGGCCUUUCUGAGAAUAACCGUAAAGGCUCGAAUUGAAGAAUGAGGAAGAGCUGAGAAGAAUUUGCGUAGCUGGCUAGUUUGCAAAGGAUUUUCCCUCUUAAAAUAAACGUAACGACACUGCAACUUUGUAGCAGCCCCUCAUUGGCUAUUUCUGUGAGAUUGUGAGGUGGAAUCAACUGUGCAUCUAAUGAGUGAUUAGUGGUGGAUAGAUUCGCACUGUCCCUCCACUUUCAGCCACAAAUUUUAGGUUGUUGCUCUAAACAAGGCACGCUUCAUGUUUGCAUUAAACAUAUAGACUCUAUUGGAGAAUGAAGUCCAAUCAAACCCCCCCUUAUGUUGAUGACUAUGUGUAAACACCCAUGAAGGCAGUUAAAGUGUUUUACAGUGUUCUCUCUGUGUUAUUUCCUCUCCAUACUGGCACCAGUCUUUGCCUCGUCAACACGACCUCAAACAAUGAAGCUCGAUCAAAACUGGAAGUCAGGGUUGCGUACAUGAACACUUUGUGAAACACAUGUCAAGUUGUCAGGGACUGUCACUGUGUGUGUCAGUUAAGCCUGUUUAAUGAUGACAUUUACAGGUAGAUUUCACCACAGCACCACCUCUGACACACUUGCACGCACACUGAUACAACCCCGCACACAUACACGUACACACAAACACACAGCUGUUGACCAGAGCGAAUGACUGAGGACUCUCUCGAAACUGCACAGCAGAAAGGGAAGUGGCUAACCUCACAUCUCUCUUUGUCUUUCCCUAUCUUGCGCUGUCCGCUGUCUCCUUUUUUCUGAACUUCUUUGUCUACUCACAUCUCCCCCCGUGUGUCUCUUUAUUAAUGCUUUACUGCUCCUCAGCCUUUCUCUUUCUCUCACUCUCUCUUUCAGCUCCUCCGUCAUCACUUCUCUGCCACUCAGCCCCUCCUGCCCUGCUCCCUCAUUCUAGCCCUCGUCACUCACCUCUUCCUGUUUUUUUUUUUUUUUUUUUCUCAGUGGCGAUGGUGAUUGA